CAUGAACAGAUAGGUAUCUGUAUGAAUUGAAUAUGUACAGAGUACCUCUGUACGAAUACCCAUCCGAACAAUAGAUACAUACCGACCCUUUCAGGUCUCCCCCCACCUCUUGGGUCCUGCCAGGAUAGGACAACUUAGCUUGCGCAGGAAGGAACGCCUUUUUGUUAGAAGUACGAUGUAGGAUUUGCAGAGGCAGGUGGCAGGCAUGGUGUUGAUAUACCUACCAUCCCAUUCCUUCUCAGAAUCGGCACAUCCUCGGCCGUCUUGUUUCCAUUUUCAUUCACACAAUAUUUCCAUCAUUCAUCAUUCAUGUCACUAAUUCUUUCCUGUGACUAAAACCCCUCACCCUGCUUCUCGCUGCCUACCAACCUACCUACCUACCUACCCACCUUACAUGUAUCCUGUCCUGUCCUGUCCUGACUUACCACUUCAGGCACUACUGUAUCAGUAGGCACCUCUUUCCUGGGACGAACCGAAGGCCCCAUUCGUGUCUCUGAUCUUAUUUUGGCCGUCUUGGUUCCAAACACACACUACAUGUACAUUCCUCCUCCUCCUUCUCUGCUGGACUUGGACUGCUGGGUCCGGCUUUUCGUCUGAGCCGUGUCUUUCCUCCCCUUCAUCUCCCUCCACCAUCUCCUCCCCGUCAUUCCCUUCCCCUGCUCGCCCUCCUCUCUUCUUCCCCUUGCCGCCGCCGCCCCCGUCAUACUUCCUCUCCCAUCGGCUCCCGGUCCCAGCUCUGGGCUCGCGCCCGUGUUGCUUCUUUUGAGACCCGGCCGCCGUGGUCUCGCCCGCGUGCAACAAAAGCUUUUUGCUCCAGUUCCGCUGCCCUCCUGUUUUCGCCGCUACCCUUUCCCACUCCAUUCCCCUUUCAGCUGCUUCUUCUUGACCUCUUUCCAGUUUCCUCCUGUCUCCGUAUCAUUCCCCAGCUGCUGCCGUCGCGAGGUGCUUGCUCACCCCUGACACGGACUACUCCCUCCACACUCUGCGACAAUAUCCUCACCAUCAUCACCUCACCGCCAUCAUCAUCAUCAUCAUCACCAUCAUCACCUUGUUCCGAUUGCGUCCAGCAAAGCAACCACACACGCUCUGCCUCGGGUCGCCCACACUCGACACAUCCCGACCGUCACGUUGUCUCAGCACCAGAGAAUUUGCGCUACUACAGAUCCAUCGUCCUGGCAUUACAGCCUCCGGACGGCCCAGCUCACGACCACCAUUGAACACACUGGCCAUUGACCACUGACGAGUCACUUUUCCUUGCUGUCCGAGCCCCAACUUCCAAGUGGCCUGGCCAUUGACGUCGUGUCGCUGGGAGCUUUGCCAUUGCUUUUCCCCCCGCAGCGCAGCGCCUUGUCAGGGCUCAACCAAGCAGCUCUGCCCUGCUGUGUUCGAAUACAGUGUCUUGUGACUAGAGCGGCAACAGAUUGAUCUUCAUUUCCACUACUGCAAACAUUGGACGCCUCUUAGAUCCCGCCAGACUAGCUCAGAUCCGGCCGACGACGCGCGCGCACUUGUCGCCAACACGCAUGUUGAUCUAGUCCCCUCAUUCCCGCUGCCAUAAACCACUAGCCCAUCUACCUUGUGUUCCCCGAGGUCCUUCCCCCCUCCCAAGCUCUCCUCUUUCUUCGGUUUCUCAUCGUUUCGUCAUCCGGUUGGCCUUACUUGACAUCUUGCUGGACCGUCUAUCUUGCACAGUCUUCGCCUCUCAUCUCGCUAUCCACGACCAGCGACAAGGACGAGAUAUUGGACGACGGCAGUCUCCAGAUCUUCUACCCGAGAUUGCUGAUUUGUCAAUCCCUCCCCCAGAACCGCCUACGUAGAUAGUAGUUAGUGGACGGGACUGACCGAGUAAGUGAUCGAUCCCCCUCCUUCUGCAGCUGCUUCCCCGCCUCUCCUGGAACCACCUCACGAAUGCGCCAUGUCUAGUGCAUGCUCUUCUGCAUUCCCAGUGGCCAGUACUUCCUGAAAGCCCUACUACCUACGGACCUACGGCUUCCCAUGGGAGCUCAGCUGCAUAGUUGCACAGCACAGCACAGCACAGCACAGCACAGCACAGCACAGCUUCUACGGAUAUUGCCUUACCUCAUCAGCACAUCUUUGCAGCUACUGUGGUCCGCUGCAUAAACUCACAACCUUCACGCCCCCUUCGAAAGCCCCAAUUCUUUCCCGCGCAUUCUUCCGGCGGUUGCUUUUCGUCUCGCUCCAGCGGUUAUCCCUGAUCCAGAUCGACAUCAGCGAGAACUCUAACACCAAUAAGGGAACCGGUCCCUGAGCCCAGAGCAGCCAUCUGCCCCCGUCCACACACACAAGCAGACACACCACACCCCCCAGGCCGCCGACAAGCACAACAAGACAAGACAAGCAAGCCCCCCCAGCACGCGAGAGAGCGCGAGAGAGGUAAAGGGUCUGGACGUUUUGGGCGCAACCAGCCCUGCUGCUGCUGCUGCUGAUUGUUAUUAUUAACGCUUGCUGCUGUCCCGCCCCGACCCAGACUAGAAUCCAGUGUGUCCAUCGAUCUGUGUCUGGCUGUUGUCGUUCCCCGCAAGUCCAACAAAACCGCCCCCCUUCCUAUUAAACUUGAGUGGGAGAACCUCGACUUCUUAUCUUUCCUGUCUUCCCCCCCUUCCCCUCCCCUCCCCUCCGUCCCUGUUGCUUACCGUCCACCUCCGAUCUCUUUCCCUCCCCCUCCCCUCCCCUCGCCUCGUCUCGUCUCGGCGUCGUCGCGAACCGAAGCUAGGAACCCGCCUGCAGCCUGCCAUCUUCUUCCCCUCACGCUCGGAGCCCCCCGGCCUCGGUGACCGCCGCCCAACACGCCCCGUGUUACAGCUGACCAGCCUGUCAAUCGCCAAACCAUACCAGCUGAUCGACCACUCGGAAGCUUCGCAUUGAUUCGAACUCACUCGAGACCAGCUCAACUUAACCAACGCCCGCUUGAACCCCUCCAGCCCCGACCGACCGACCCCACCAACCGCUAUCUAUCUCGAGGCCCCUCCGCCGGCGGUCCCCCCCCUCCAAUCCACCCAAAAUGGGCCUGUUCUCCCGCAAGGAAAAGGCCCCAAAAGCCUCUAAGAAGCCUUCCAUCAACACAUCCAACGUGAGCAUCAACUCGGGCACAUCCAGCAUCAAGUCACCACCACUGCGCAGCAACAUCAUGAACAGAACAUCGGGAACCAGCACCGCCCCCGGCACCCCUCUGACGCCCUUUUCGCCUGUUGCCGUUCCCAAGGUCGACCUGCCGCGUCCUCCUGACCCGCAGCUCGACCCCGCGGGGUACCUACGGAGUUUGGGAGCCGUCAGAGAAAGAAGCAAGAUCGUGACGGAAAAGGCCCUGCGGAAUGAGUUGAAGCAUUUCGAUGUCGACAUGCGAAAAUUCCCCGACGUGGUGACAUUUGUUUCCCGUAUCAUCAAGAGAGAUUACGAUGCACCGUUCAACACGAUCCCCGGCCACGGGAGACACCAGCAUUUCUGCGUCGGCGGCCGCGAUCGCAUUGCUCAGCUUCUCUCUACCUUCCCCGAGGAUGUCGACAACAGCGAGAAGUGUCGCCGCAUGAUCGACCUUUUCCUCGUCAGUGUGCUGCUGGAUGCUGGCGCCGGCACGAAAUGGAGCUACAAGAGCACGGAAAAUGGUCGUAUAUACCGCCGGUCAGAAGGUAUUGCAGUGGCGAGCUUGGAAAUGUUCAAGACGGGUCUCUUUUCCAGCGACACCAAGAACAAGUUCCAGGUUGACAAGGAGGGAUUGCGCAACCUGACGGUCGAGAAGAUGGCUGCCGGCCUUCAGUCCAAGGCCGGAAACGAGAUGGCUGGCAUCGAAGGCAGGACACAGCUUCUGCAGCGCCUGGCGAACGCCUUGACGGAGAAGAAGGAGUACUUUGGCGAGGACGGCCGGCCGGGCAACAUGAUUGACUACCUGCUAUCGCACCCGUCGACGCAAGCGUCGUCGAUGCCGAUCGUUGUUCUCCCGACGCUGUGGAACGUCCUCAUGAACGGCCUCAUGCCCAUCUGGCCGCCGUCGCGGACCUCGAUCAACGGCGUGUCUUUGGGCGACGCCUGGCCCUGCCAGUCCAUGCCGCAGCCCCCGCAGAGCCCGACGACGUCGCAAUUUUCGCCAUUCCCGCCUUCCGCACAGAACUCGACGGCCGCCUGGGAAUCCAUCCUGCCAUUCCACAAGCUCACGCAGUGGCUCUGCUAUAGCCUGAUGCAGCCCAUGCAGUCGCUCUUGCGGGUCCACUUUGCCGGCGUCGAGCUACUGACGGGCUUGCCCGAGUACCGCAACGGUGGGCUUUUCAUCGACCUGGGCGUUCUCACGCUGCGGCCCGAGGAAACCGAAAGGGGUCUCCAGCACUACGAUGAUUACUGCAAAAAGGCAGGUGUCAAGCCAGUCGAGGUGGCGCCCAUGUUCGAGCCCAGUGACGACGUGAUUGUUGAGUGGCGCGGUGUGACGGUCGGCUUUUUGGACAAACUCUGCGUCGAGGUCAACAAGCAUUUGAAGAGUGACUUGAACGGGAAUGAGCUCACGCUGGCCCAACUACUUGAAGCUGGAAGCUGGAAGGGCGGUCGAGAGAUGGCCGAGUUCAGCCGGCCCAAUACGAAGGAGCCGCCCAUCUUGAUUGAUAGCGACGGAACGGUUUUCUAGGCUGCUGCGCUUUUUCUUUAUUUUCUUUUUUGGAGGAACGCAUUGGAUGGAGGCCCCUAUACCUUUUUCUGCCACUGGGUUAGACGACAGCGCCAUAUCGCAUUGCAUUCCGUACGCAGAGGGAAACAGAGAGAGAGAGAGAGAAAGAGAGAGAGUGAGAGAGAGAGAGAGAGUUACACUGGAUGAUGGGUGUUUGGGUUUGGACGGCCGAUAUAUGCGCCUUAAUGAACAUGACUCGGGCCAAGGUCAAUGAAGGAUUAAUGCAAUGCAAAGAUCGAGGUCGCUCGGCCUUGCCCGACA